AUGAAAACUUAUCAUUGUACGAGACACAAAGUCGUUAUACCGUGCCCAUUUUGCCCCAUCACAUUUACAGAAAUACGUAACUGGCGUCGACAUCUUUCAAAUCAACAUCCAGACAAAGUUUUGAGUGACAAGGAACGUAAUGCGUCGUUUGCCUCAACAAUCAAACGAAGUGAAGCAUUAUCAGCUGAAUCAACGGAAGUUUCAUACGCCAAACUCCAUGUUGACUUAGAAGAUGAACCACAACGGAAGUUGACCGCUCCAUCAAUAGAAAUUUAUUCUAAUGAUCUUUUACACGAACACAUCGUGCACAGUGAUACGCCCGAACAUCGACUUAAAGUAUACAUAACAAACAGAAAAAAACAAAGACAAGUUUGUCGACAUCACAAGUCUUAUUACAUACCAUUCACGGAGUUGCUUAAAGAAGUUUUAUCUCUCCCUGGAGUGAAAGGUUAUUUAUCAAAUGCAAGCAAAUCAGAUUCCACAAUUCUAACCGAUUUGAGCAGCGGAACGUUUUGUCAGGAAAGUCCGCUAUUUAAAGAUCCAAACAGUUUAAAAAUCAUUUUGUACUAUGACGAUUUGGGAAUUAAAAAUCCAUUAGGAUCUAAAGAUAAAUCGGUUUGUAUGUUUUAUUGGACGUUAGCAAACUUACUAAGUGUUGAAAAACAUCUGGUUAGACAAUAUGGGUAUGCGACUGUGUUGGCUGACUUCUUUGAUUCGAUAAACAAUUUACAAGAAAAUGGAAUUACGAUCACGGUUGAAAACAAACAAGAAACUUAUGAUGGUUCAUUAUUUAUGAUCUGCGGAGAUCUUUUAGGAAUGACACAACUACACGGUUUCAAAUCAGGAUUCAAAAAUGGUUUGAAACCGUACUUCGUUUGCAAUACGUCAAGAGACGGAUUACGAAUUGUAUCGAAGCCGGGCAUCUGUAAACAACGAACAAUGAAACAAUACCUGACGCAAUGUCUGCAGAUAGAAAAAACUGACGGAGGAAAAAAGGCAGCGUUACAAAAGAAAUUUGAAAUUGUAUCAAGAUCACCAUUUACAAAAAUUCAUGAUUUUGAUAUAAUCCAACAAACUACCAUAGAUGUGAUGCACAUCUUGUUGGAAGCUGACAGUCCUGAUUUGAAAACAUUGAUUAAGCAAUUAAAUGAUAAUUAUGAAAAUGAUGAAAUGACUACUGGUAAAACAACUCAAUUAGUUGUCGAAUCAUUUCGUUUAAGACGUGCAUAUUUAAAUGAAAAUGGUUUAUCAAUGCAACAAAUCUUAUCUAACUGGCAAUUCACACAGAUUUACAUUUCGUAA